AUGCAGGCGCGCGCUUACCCCGCGCACUUGCCGGGUCGCGGCCCACUGGCGGGCCUGGUCGGCACCGGCCGCGGCGGCCUCUUCCCGAGCGGCAGCCUCGGCAGGCGAGCUCCCGCUGGCCGAGGCGGCGCCACCAGCGUUUGCGCAGUUGACGCGGCUUCCGUUGCGGCCGCCGCCUCCGCGGCCGCUGAUUCCCCGCUCCCGCCCGCACAGGUCACCUGGCAGAUUGUCGUCGGCGCUGUAGCUGGAGUGACGCCUUUCGUCGUUGCAGGGGUCGAGUUCGGCAAAAGAAUCAUCGCACAGAAGAAAUGCGAAGUCUGCGGAGGCUCUGGUCUUGUGAUGAAGAAAGAUUAUUAUGUUCGAUGCCAAGGGUGUGGUGGUUUUCUUCCAUGGCAGUCUUGGCGAAGAUUCUUCACCGGAUGA